AUGAGUCGCGCGAAAGCGAAGGCGACAAACAGCAGCCUCUCGACUUCGUCGGCUGAUGCACCAUUUCCGGCCACUGACUUUAUUCGGCGGCGCCAACGAAGGUUCGAUACUACCAGCCUCGCCCGCCGCCGGUUAGCAGAGCUGCACGUUGACACUACUUGGAUUAAGCUGAUUAGCGCGCUAAGACGACAAGCCUUAUCACCGCCACAACCAAUGGCGUCGACAGCAACGCAAAGGGGCCACACGAAGUACCUGCUCGACCGAAACAAACAGUCCGUCUACAGUGAGUUCAUACGGCGCUCUGGUAUGCAGCUGCCCGAAUUUGUUCGACUGCUGCGAGGCGAGACUGAGCAAGACCCCCGCCCCAAUAAAUCGCUGAUCGAGCCAACAUCCCUAUCAGCAUGGCAAAGUUACCGCUACGAAACUCAGUGGGCCGAGAUUGUGCAGCACGGGGUAUGUCCCCGGUGGAAAUCGGGGUUCGCAGUACAAGACGCACCACCCGCAAAUCAUGGGUCGGCUGUACGAGCCCUGAAUAUCGUUGUUAAACGCCUCCGCAAAGGGCAGGACGAGAACCGCUAUCUGAUUCUCGAUUUGGAGCUACUGUCGAUACUGCAUGGUGUCACAUGCAGUCCAUUCGGGGCUGUUCAGAAGGGUGAUGCGGACCUCACUGUUGAUGCUCGUCUAAUUCACGAUUUGUCAUUUCCCCCGGGCGCCUCGGUCAAUGACAACACUGUUCCGGAUCAUGAGAUUGACGUUUGUUAUGACGGCUCUGAUGCAUUGGCCAAUCGCAUUCUGGAUGUGGACGAGGUCUUCCCAAAACUACAGCAGAUGAUGACUGGAGACGUGAAUGGAGCGUUCAGGAACAUCCCGGUGUCCGCUGACAACGUCGGCCGGUUUGCAGGCACGAUACCCGAGCUUGGGAUCCUGGUCAUCGACCUGUGCCGUCCAUUCGACUGGUCAAACUCUCCAGUGUCAUACUGGGUAGCUGGUGCUGCUAUUUCGCACCUUUACUCCUGCUCGGCACCGGAAUGGCCUCUACAACCUACAUCUGGAAAGAACAACUUCGAUGCCAAGACGUGGUGUGAUGACCACACAGCGAUCGAGCCUGAUAUAGGCUCUCGGCUGGCGGAAGCCCAACUCGCCUUGCGAACAGCUAUGAUCACCGUAUUGGGUCCUGAUGCAUGCAACGAGAAAACGUUCACGGGCUGGUUUAAGGAAGGGCGCACCCUCGGUCUAGAUUGGAACCUGCACUCCAACACAGUCUCUAUGCCCCCCGAGAAGAUUUCAAAAGCGCUUUAUCGUGUGCACGACAUGGCAACACGGGCGAAAACGACCCGGACCCAGUUGCAAAAGCUACUAGGCAGUCUUCGACACGUUGUCACGUGCGUCAGAGCUGCGACACCAUUCUUCCAGCCCGUUGCAGCACUAGCUCGAGCUGCUCCAAGGUUUGGAACCGUGGAGGUAUCGUUCGAGGCAAAGGAAGAUUUGCAGUGGUUUGAAAUGGUCAUUCGAAUCGGUAAAUUGAACGCUGUCCCGUUGUCUAGAUUCACGCGUCGUCAGGAACCAAACUACCACAUCCAGAUGGACGCCAGUGACAAGGGCCUUUGCACCUGUUCCCGCUUCGCAAGCAAUAUCUCCAGGUUCAGUUCACCGAUGCCGAGAUUGACUUGA